AUGGAUCUAAGCGAGGACGAUGAAGCACCAUCAGAUAGGAAUUCGUUCUUGGACUCAUUACGGAAUUCAGAUCCUGGCUUUAAAGCAACGAACGACGCCGAAGAAGAAAUUACGUUUCAGGAACAAAACGCUGAAACAGUUCGUGCAACAAACAAAACCAACAUGAGUAACUCUGGUUCUGAUCUGUUGGCACUGUUCCAACGCCCACAGGAAGAGACAACGCCAACAACUGCGCAUAAAAGUGUCAGUCCACCUGGGGCAAGACACCCCCCUGAUCCUUUUCAGGGCAAUGACAACUCCAUUCAGAGUCCAGCUCCCCGACGAUCAUCACUUCUAAAGGGACCCAACAAACCGCAAGCAAUUGCAACUCGUGGACGAACAGUUUCAUUCGACCGACGUUCACUGCCUAAACCAGGCUUUGAUGGCCCACGGAACAGAUCAGACGAUUCAUCAUCGCGCUCACCUGUUCCUCCACCAACAAGUACCAACCUUCCAGGAGUUGACCUUCCGGGAGUUGACCUUCCGGGAGUUGACCUACCGGGGGUUGGCCUGCCGGGGGUUGACCUGUCAGGAGUUGAUGUAAAUCCACGCGACUUAUGGCAGCAGCAAAAACUGCAAUCGGAGCGUGCUUUGCAAUCGGAACGUACUUUGACUAUUGAUGAUCUGCUCUCGUCAGGGCCAUAUGAGUUAGAAGCUGAAACUAAUAUCCUAAGAGCUUUUGAGGAGCAUCAACACACACAACCAGCACAUCAGAGAAUGACAUCUGAAAUGUCAUCAUCGGUAAUGUCAGGAGUGCCUGAAUACUUAGCGCAUGACUUUUCAAUAGAUGACGAGAACACCAGUGACUCGAAAAAGACCGACGAGGAAGAGAAAACACACUCGACAGACGAUGAUCUUGAACGAUCGCAACGGAUUCCUCUUGUUCGCAGCCAUCAGCGAAUUAAAAGCGUGGCAGAUCAGCUUGUGGGCUUGACACUUGCGAUGCAGACGUUGCAGGAAGAAGAUUACACACAAACCGCAGACGACGAGGCGUCGCUUCGUGACGGUGUUGUUUCUAGCCCUACCGGUAGUCAGUCGAAUCACAGCACUCGAACAAGAGAUAGACUAAACUCGCUUGAAGCGGGACUCGAAGUCCUUACUGAAGUAAACGAGGAUAGCCACCACAGCAACAGCGACCCACAAUUGCCACGACCUAGAUUUUCUCGGUUUCAUUCGAAUAAAAAGAGUCAUCGUACUAAAAGGGUUCUUCAGGGAGCAAAGGAUAUUGUGGAAGAGAAUGAAGUAAUAUGGAAGACUUUCAUCCGCACAAGAAUGAGUUCGAUGCGGACGUAUGUAAAGAACGUCAGUAUCUUACUGCUUGUCUUGACCGCAAUCGCGGCGAUACUGUAUUAUUUUGCGGGGAACCCGGUUGCAAUGGAGGGGCAAGCUUCGGUAUCGUGGUAUCUUCUAUUUUGUGCACGGCAAGUCAUCACUCUGUCACUUGCACUAGCGUCUCAAGUAAUCAUUAUCGAUUUUCUGUGCGUCAGCACGAAGUUUCUGCUUCGGCUGAUGGGACAAUAUUUGACGUUGUUGUUAAUAAUGUCGAAAGGAUGGCCGUUUGUGACAUUCAUGUGGAGUUUAUACAACUUUGCAAUGCUGUACGGCAACCGGCCUUUUUCAAAACAUUGGGGAUUCUUUUUGUCGAUUGGACUAGUGAAUGAAUCAAAUCCGAGCGGUGACGUCGUUCAGAGUGUCUGGAACGGAAAGGUGCUCUUUAUUGCUCUCUUUCUCUCCAUCGCAACUACGCUAAAAAGAUUCAUUGUCGGCCUCUACCUUGGGCGCCAAACGUUCGGUCACUAUGGCCCCAAGCUCGCAACAGUAAUGCAGAAAAUGCUAGUCGUCAGCAAAGUUGGCUACCUGGCAAAGAAGUUAGAGAAGGCUGCGGCAUUAAGACCGGCGAAUCCAACAGAGAGCAUGCGAGCGAAAUAUGCCGACAAGUUUGCCGCUUUUCGACCCAAUGACUCUGAUACAGACGAUUUCAGCAAUGGUGCUUCUGAAAGGACGCUAGAUAUGAACAAAACGGAUCCAUUGACUGGUCGGCUUGAUAACUUGGAAAAGCAGAAAUUGAUGGGUCUCUUGGAACAAUGGGAAGAGCCCAGGCGAGAAUCAACUCAAUCAACCACAUCUUCGAUAGCAGAAGUACUCCGAUUCAGAAAGGCACUUACAUUCAUCCAGGACGACUAUCCAUUUGCAUUCGCAUUUGGUUUGGCAGACACAAGGGAUGCCACUAUCCGUUCUGCGCAACAGGUGUACAUGGGCCUUUUAACUGCAACUACUCUUUCGGACGUUGUGCAAUUUGAAACCAUUGCAGAGAUUGCAACACGACCUGACGGCUCGAUUGACGAACGAAAGGCUAAGGAAGCCAUCCGUGUUUUUCGACCGGAUCGGGAAGGCAAUCUCACUCUCAUCGAUUUUAUCAAGAGUGUCGAUUCCAUCUACAAAGAAUUUCGAUUACUACAGGCUUCGAUUCAGAACUCAUCUCAAAUAGACCAAACGUUUGAAAGCAUUUUCAACAUUGCCUUCUAUGGCGCUUCGAUCACAAUCAUUCUUUCGCAAGUUGGGGUUGAUCCACUCGCUCUCUUCCUUUCCUUCAGCAGUAUCAUUUUUGCUUUCGCGUUCAUGAUCAGUUCAGCGAGUUCAAAGUAUUUCGAGGGACUACUGUUCAUUCUCGUUCGACGUCCGUAUGGAAUUGGUGACAUCAUUCACAUCAGCGAUGUCCAGCGUGAUACAUCUGCUGAUGGCUCAAUAGGGUGGAUUGUUCGCAAUGUCACCCUAACGCAUACGUUAGCAACAUGGGUGCCAACCCUGGAACACGCCAACUUUUCGAACGCAUCGCUGAGCAACAGCAGGAUCAUCAAUUGGGCUCGCAGCCCGAAUGCCAAAUUCAAUAUCGCUCUUAACUUUCCCAUUUCCACAAAAUAUGAGACAAUUGAGAUUUUCAAACGAGCUGUAGAAGAAUACAUGAAAGUAAGGCCACGUGAAUGGCUAGCCCUGCAUGGUUUCAGAGUGAGGUCAAUUUUUGCAGAGAAGGGCUACAUGGAGAUCAUGAUAUCGGUUGUACACCGUGAGUCCUGGCAGAAUUGUGGUCAAGUCCUAGAUUCCAAAGCGAAUCUUGUUACGUACUGCCAUGAAGUCCAGAAGAAGCUUGGAAUGAGAUAUAUUGCCCCGACUGUUCCAAUAGAGUUGAUUGACAGUCGCGGUCAGGAUAUUUUGUCAUUGAUAGAUAAUCCAACGACGGAGUCAAGUUCGAUCGACUCGAAGGAAGGCGAGGACCAAGUCGGUCAACUGAGUGACGAUGAAAUGCAAUUCCAACAGUUCCGAUCCAUGGCCAAACAGAAAUACAACAUUCGAGUGUGCUAA